AUGCUGAGUAUCCUGGAAAAGCAAGCACCCGCAAAACAAAGUGCCGAAUCCACAAUUGCAACUCUGAGCGGCCGUCUUCACAGCGCUACGCUCCUCGAGGAUCGCCGAGCAGCCAUUCUGGGACUUAGAAGCUUUGCCAAAGCUUACCCUGCUUCAGUCGCCUCAGGGGGUCUGCGAACCCUCAUAAGCUGCCUCAAUAAAGAUGUCGAGGAUGUGGAUACUACAAAAGUUACACUAGAAACACUUCUGAUGCUUUUCAGUCCGAACGAGAGUAGCCCUGAAGCUUCAGACGACAUAGCCCUCUGGCUUGCGGAUGAAUUUACUCAACGACAAGAAAAUAUUACUGCUUUGCUCGAUCUACUUGAUGGCUACGAAUUCUUUUCUCGCCUUUACUCAUUGCAAUUGAUAUCAGCUAUUUCGACCGCCCGCCCAGAACGUACCCAAGAAUGCGUAUAUACUGCUCCUCUGGGCGUCUCAAGACUCGUCGCCGUUCUAGAAGACAAGCGCGAGGCGAUUCGAAGUGAGGGUCUGCUUCUGCUAACCGCGCUUACUCCCUCAUCACCAGAUCUCCAGAAGCUCGUUGCUUUCGAGAAUGCAUUUGACCGAAUCUUUGGAAUCAUAGAUGCUGAAGGGGCUUUGACACAAGGAGGCAUCUCGGUGCAGGAUUGUUUAUCGCUACUAGCAAAUCUCUGCCGCUUGAAUGUCUCAAACCAGUCCUACUUUCGGGAGACUGGAUGGGUAAAGAAAUUGACAAGCUUGUUGAGCGACGCUGUUCGAGAAGAAGAUUCCAAAGAGGGCGUGGCAGAAUGGACCAGACCUCAGAGAGAUAAGAAUGUAUGGGGUCUGCUCGCCGUAUUGAGGCUCUUCCUUGUUCGUGGCAGUUUGGGGACGCAAGCCAACCAGGUAUCCUUCUGGCAGAACGGUAUUCUGGUCCAAGUGCUCGAUAUUGCUUUUCGUGAUUCCUUCGACGUGCCAAUAAGAGCAGAAGCCCUUAGCACUGCUGCGGAUCUGAUUCGUUCCAACCGUGGAUUACAAGAGGCUUUCGGUCAGCAAGAGGUGAAAAAAUCACAUGGAAACGAGCGACUACAUGUCAAUGGCAACGCGGAAACAGUGUCCUCUUCAAACCAAGAAGUCAAUGUGAUAUCUGGCUUGUUGGAGCUCGCGUUGGCUUCUAUCUCUCUACACUCAUUUGAUCUUCGCCUCGCAGCCUGUGAAACCCUUCAAGCCUACCUGUGUGGACAUGCACAAAUCAAGCUUUUCUUCCUUCGUAGAGCUGUCGAUGGCUACAUGUCUGGCACAGACGAGACUGACAAUAUACUAUCAAUUCUGCUCAACGAACCCGAGACUUCUAGAGGUGGAGAUCCGUAUAGGUCUUGGAUCGCUGCUGUCCUUCUAUUCCAUCUUCUUUUUGAAGAUCCAGAGACCAAAAGUCUUGCCCUGGAGGUGGCCGAAGGCAAUGCGGAGCAAGGAGAAGAAGUUGUCACGUGUAUUCAGUCCUUAUCGGCCCAUCUCAUCUCUUUCGAACAGAAGAGCGCUGACGAGAGGGUAUCUAUCGGUAUUCUAAUGAUUCUCUGUGGCUGGCUCUACGAGGAUCACGAUGCUGUGAAUGACUUUCUUGGCGAAGGCAGCAACGUGCAGAGCAUUGUACAGCUUGUUUCCAGAAACGACCAGUCUCGGAUUCUUGUAUCUGGCCUGUCUGCGUUUUUACUUGGUAUAAUCUAUGAAUUCUCAACGAAAGACUCUCCAGUAAGUCGAGAAACGCUCCAUUCGAUUCUCACAUCGCGACUUAGCCGAGAGCAAUACGUAGACAAGCUCACAAAGCUGCGGGAACAUCCCACGGUGCGGGACUUUGAAGUCCUUCAUCAAGGUGCGAAUUCACACGCGGGCGGAAUUCCUGGUAUUUACUUUGACAAGACCUUCAUCGAUUUCCUGAAAGACAAUUUCAGCCGUGCCCUUCGAGCUAUCGAUAGGGCUCCUGUUUUGGAGGUACCUGUAUUGACCAAUGGCGUCCAGAAAGGGAUCUCUCGAGAGCUUGUAGACUCCUUAAAAGGACAAGUUGAAGCUGGGGCUCAACAAAUCCAGAAGCUUGAGUCGGACAUUCUCACAUUAGAGCGGAAACUUGGCCAAGAACAAGCUGACCACAGAAAGGCGAGAGAAUCUGCCGGUAUGGAACUAACCAGAAUCAGGAACAUCAACGAAGCACUACAGCGUAACCAUGAAGAAGACAACCAAAAGCAAAAACAUCAGCAUGACCGAAUAUUGAAGGAGACUCAUAAAGCGCACGAGGUAGCCGUACAGUCUUUACAGACAGAGAUGCAAAAGGCUCGGUUGGACAGCGAUUCAGUCGCUGAGCGCACUCGAUCACGCACCGAUGCAGAGAGUGCAGAUCAAAAAGCCACGAUAACGCGUUUGCGCACCGAGCUAGAGAAAGCUAGCAAAGAACAUAUUCAAGAUUUGCAAAUAGCUCAUGAAGAUUACACUACUAGAUUGACGUCCUUGGAGGCACGCCUGGAGCGAGCUGAGGAAAAAUUCGAUGACACAGAGGCUCGAGCAACACGAUUGCAGAAGGAAGUCGAAGAAAAAGAGAAAGCGCGCUUAGCAGCUAAAACGGAACUUGAUGACAUGCUAAUGAUCCUCGGAGAUUUGGAGGAGAAGAGGACGAGGGACAAGAGACAUUUGAAAGUCUUGGGAGAGCAAGUCUCAGAUGAUGAAGAGGACGACAACGGUGAGGAGGAUGGUGUAGAUGAAGCAGCUGAGAAAAGCAAAGGCGACGACGUUGAUUGA